AUGCUGUCGCGUCGAUUGACAACCGCGGUGCGAAUGGCGCCCAUGUGCCAGGUCCGCCAGCGCCGUGCUAUGCAACCAAUUGCCGUUAUGCUCCCCAGCAUGAUGCAGACGGUGCGCAGCUAUGCAGACAAAAUUGUGCAAGUUCCCCAAAUGGCAGAGUCAAUCUCCGAGGGUACCCUGAAACAGUUUACCAAGAGCAUUGGCGACUAUGUCGAACUAGAUGAGGAGAUUGCGACUAUCGAGACGGACAAGAUUGAUGUCGCCGUCAACGCUACUGAGUCUGGCACCAUCAAGGAGUUCUUCGUGAGCGAAGAAGACACGGUCACCGUCGGACAGGAUCUUGUCCGCAUUGAGCUGGGUGGCUCCCCGGCUCCCAACAACGAGCCCGUACCGAGAAACAAGGACCAGGCGAAGCCGGCAGCCGAGCCGGAGUCGUCCCAGCAGGAGAAGCAGCCCGAGUCGAAACAAGAAACCAAGCAGGAGACGAAACACCAGGCAGAGAGUGCCCCCCAAGACGCAGCAAAGCGGCCUGUGGUCGAGAAGAAGGAAGCUGCACCGACUGCUACCCAGGCUUCCAGUUCUGGGCAGAGUCUCGGCACCCGGGACGAACGUCGUGUUAAAAUGAACCGUAUGCGCUUGCGCAUUGCAGAACGCCUGAAGCAAUCCCAAAACACGGCCGCUUCGCUUACGACUUUCAACGAAGUUGACAUGUCCAAUAUCAUGGAUUUCCGCAAGCUUUACAAGGAUGAUGUGUUGAAGAAGACGGGUGUCAAGCUUGGUUUCAUGAGUGUGUUUGCUCGUGCAUCAGUUCUUGCUAUGCGCGACUUACCUGCCGUUAAUGCCUCGAUUGAGGGGCCUAACGGCGGUGACACUAUUGUUUAUCGUGACUACGUCGACAUCAGCGUCGCAGUUGCUACUGAAAAGGGUCUCGUCACACCGGUUGUCCGCAAUGUCGAAUCUAUGGACAUGAUCGGUGUGGAGAGCUCCAUUGCUGAUAUGGGCAAGAAGGCUCGUGACGGCAAGCUCACGAUCGAAGACAUGGCCGGCGGGACAUUCACGAUAAGUAAUGGCGGUGUCUUUGGUUCCCUCAUGGGAACCCCCAUCAUCAACCUACCCCAGACUGCUGUUCUCGGUUUGCAUGCCAUCAAGGAACGCCCUGUGGCAGUCAACGGCAAGGUUGAAAUUCGACCAAUGAUGUACCUUGCACUGACCUACGACCACCGCCUCCUUGAUGGUCGCGAAGCUGUACAAUUCCUUGUCAAAGUCAAGGAGUACAUUGAAGAUCCUCGCCGCAUGCUGCUGUAA